AUGGAGAUGCUGUUCCCCGUUGCAUGGCUCGAUAAGAUUUCCUCUUCCGAUUCCAGACGGAGAACGAACCGCCAAGUCCAGACCGAGGACGAACUUCGCCGGGAGCUGACGACUCAUAAGCAGAAAUUCAUCGGUACUAUUCUUCAGAGUUGUGCGGCCUUAACUCACUACAUGUCCCGAGAGGUCUUGAAAUCAUUGGCACCACAGUUCCUCGAAUUAUCGUUGUAUGUGGAGACGAUGAUCUGA